AUGGCCGUGCUGACCCAACCGCACCUGAUGCAGUGCAUCUUUGCGUACCAGCCAAGCGCUCUCUCGAUGGCGCUCGCCUUGACCUUCCGGCGGUUAAAGGCAGCGCUGGCGCAGAAUCCAGCCCUCGUCGUUGCCGACGGUGCGCCUUUCCGGGGCUACGUCUUGUGCAAGCUCGUCGAAGCUGAGCACACACAGCUGGCCCUCGAGCUCUUGCGCUGCUUUCCAGCGCCGUACGAGCUUCGGCUACCGGCCAUCCCCGACCCCAGCGUCUACGCCAUUGACAACGCAGUGCGCACGCAGAACGUUGAGUUGCUCCGCCGGCUUCUCGAACGUGGCUUUGGCAAAUCGUCCACAGCCGCCAUGGACACGGCGGCCGCCAACGGCAGCAUGAUUGCGCUGCAGCUGUUGCACGAGUACCGCUCCGACGGCUGCACCAAGGCCGCUUUCAAGGCCGCUUCAAAGCGUCGACAUAUCCACGUCCUGGCGUUCCUCCGCCGCCACCGACCGCUGGACGAGAACGUGCGGCCACAGCGACCUGGCAGUUUUCUGCCACCGGAGCUCGCCAGAGCCGUGGGGUCGUCGAGCAUGAUGCCUCAAACGUCCGACACGACGCAAGCGUUGUGUGUCGUGCAGUAG